GCAACGCCCGCCUUUUCCGCGCCGCUCCGGCCAAUCAGAGGCGAGCCAGAAGCUGCGCCCCGUUCCCCGGCGGCGGCGGGACCCGCUGGGCUCGGCACAGCUCCGAGGGCCCCCUCAAGUGGCUCCUGUUCCACCGGCCGGUGUCCCCUGAUCCAGGACGGCCCCAGAUUCCCAGAAGAGCAGCUCUCAGCUCCACUGGAUCCCAGAGGAAGACCAGGCCCAUCGACAGCACCACUGGACCUCCAGAGGAAAAUUCCACUCUUCUACAGGAUCCCUGCUCCAACAAAUCCACAUCUAUCACUGCAGGAGGACGGCAGCCACCAUUUAACGGGAGUGCUGCCAACACCCUGACCCACAGCGUGUCAGGUGGUAUUCUGAACCUACAAGGAGCUGAGCAUGGAGAGCAGGAAGGACAAAUCCCCACGGCAAAACCUCAUUGAAGAGAAGCCCUACAAGUGCCUGGAGUGUGGGAAGAGCUUCUGGACAAGCAGCAACCUGAUCCGCCACCAGAUGAUUCACACCGGGGAAUGGCCCUACGAGUGUGGGGAGUGUGGGAAGGGCUUCAGCUGCAGCUCAGAACUCGUCAGGCACCAACGCAUCCACACUGGGGAGAGGCCCUACGAGUGCCCCACAUGUGGGAAGAGGUUUCACACCAGCUCCAGUCUCCUUGUGCAUGAGCGGAUCCACACGGAUGAGAGGCCCUUCCGCUGCCCUGACUGUGGGAAGGGCUUCAAGUACAGCUCCACCCUUGUCAGGCACCGGCGCAUCCACACUGGGGAGAGGCCCUACGAGUGUCCCCAGUGUGGGAUGACCUUCACCCAGAGGUCUGACUUGACCCAACACCAACGGAGGCACCGAGGAGAGAAGCCCUACAAGUGCUUGAAGUGUGGAAAGAGCUUCUGGACGAGCAGUGAACUGAUCCGCCACCAGAUGAUCCACACCGGGGAAUGGGCCUACGAGUGUGGGGAAUGUGGGAAGGGCUUCAGCUGGAGCUCAGAACUUGUCAGGCACCAACGCAUCCACACCGGGGAGAGGCCCUACGAGUGCCCCACAUGUCAGAAGAGGUUUCAGACCAGCUCCCAUCUCCUUCAGCAUGAAUGGAUCCACACGGAUGAGAGGCCCUUCCGCUGCCCUGACUGUGGGAAGGGCUUCAAGCACAACUCCACCCUUGUCAGGCACCAACGCAUCCACACCGGGGAGAGGCCCUACGAGUGUCCCCAGUGUGGGAUGACCUUCACCCAGAGCUCUGCCUUGACCCAACACCAACGGAGGCACCGGUAAGGGAAGCCCUGUGAGUGCCCCCACUGUGGACAGAAUUCCAACCAGAGCUUGGAGCUGGUGGUCCCUGAGCAGCUCAAUGAUGGGGAGAAGCCCUACAAGUGCUUGGAGUGUGGGAAGAGCUUCAGGCAUAGCAACAAGCUGAUCUGCCACCAGAUGAUCCACACUGGGGAAUGGGCCUACGAGUGUCCUGAGUGUGGGAAGGGCUUCAGGUGCAGUUCCAACCUUGUCGUCCACCAACGCAUCCACGCUGGGUACAGGCCCUACGAGUGUGAGGAGUGUGGGAAGAGCUUCAGUCAGAGCUGCAGCCUAACCCGCCACAGGAUGAUCCACACUGGGGAGAGGCCCUACGAGUGUCAGGAAUGUGGGAAGAGCUUCAGACGGCGCUGCGACCUAAUCCCCCACCAGAUGAUCCACACUGGGGAGAGGCCCUACGAGUGUCAGGAAUGUGGGAAGAGCUUCAGACGGAGCUCCCACCUGAUCCAGCACCAGGUGAUCCACAUUGGGGAAUGUCCCUAUGAGUGUGGGGAGUGUGGGAAGAGCUUCAGGCAGAGGACCCAACUGAUCAGCCACCAACGCGUCCACACCGGGGAGAGGCCCUACGAAUGUUCUGGGUGUCAGAAGAGGUUUUUCACCAGCUCAGAUCUCCUCAAGCACCAGCGGAUUCACAGUGAGGAGAGGCCCUUCUGCUGCCCUGACUGUGGGAAGGACUUCAAGCACAACUUCCACCUUCUCAGGCACCAGCGCAUCCACACUGGGGAAAGACCCUACAAGUGUCCCCAGUGUGGGAAGAGCUUCUCCAGGAGCUCUCACUUGACCAGACACCAACAGAGGCACCGCAAAGGGAAGCCCUGAGAGUGCCUCCACUGUGGGAAGAGCUUCAUGCACUGCCCCAACUCCAUCCCCCAUUGAAGAACUCACGUUAGUUGUACAGAGCCCUGGUGACCCACAUUCCCUGUGAUCCAUGUACAGAAGUGUCUUUGCUUGGAAAUAGGGGUAUUCUAUUCCUAUCUGUUGGAUGUGGGGCAGCUUAGCUUCUGUUAAUUGGACAGUUUUCUUUAUCUCUUCCUCAACCAAUCCUCCCUCCAGGGAGAUAUCUUCUGUUAACGAGCCAUUGAGUCUCACUGCACAACUGAUAAAAUUUUCAUCAUCUCAUUGUGAGAUGCUCCGCAGCACCAGACUUGAGUUAAGCUCAACAGGGUCUUCUUUCCCCACUGAUUCUGCCAAGCCCGUUCCCUUGGCUGUGGUUUUGCUGGAUAGUAGGUAGGGACAGUAGGAAUCUCGUUCAUCCAUUCAUGUGUGUCACUAAUUAGAUGGCGAGGCAUUUGGCUAAUUAAUAAACAUAUAAAUAAUAUACGUUCCUUUUCUGGGUUAAGUAAGGUGGCAUGUCCACUUGAAAGUCCAGAUUAGAAUUUAAGCCCAAAAUUGGGCCUAUGACGCAGUUAUGAAGGAUGAGUCCCUCCCACCCAAAACUGAUUCCACUGUCCAGCAAACCCACCGGGGGAAGGGGCCCAGAGACUUUAUUAACAGAUAACUACAAUGGUACAAUCGUUGGGGCUUUACUAGUAAAUAUGUGCACAAUAUCUACAGAGGCAGAAAGUACUGUAGAUGCCAGGGCCCGAGCAGUCCUCUCUAGCCUCGUUUUAGAGAGGCCAAGGGCCGACAGUAGCUCAGCAUUUUUACCAAACCACUUUCCACGGGCCCCCAUUGGGAAGCCAACAUAGCCUAUGUCCUUUACAUUAGUCAGAUGUUGGAUCUGUAGGUGAAGGCGUUGAUACUUCCUCGCCUUCUCUGAGGCGGCCUCCCUCAAUGAGGAGUCAGAGUGCUCGUACCUUACUGUCACAUCCACCACUACCGCCUUGGAGCCUUUAACAAAGAUCAAAUCUGGCUUAAAUAAUUCAUUAACUUAAUCUCUUAAGUGCAGCUUCAAUUGGAAGACAGUCCAAUUCUCUGCCCUAGCCUCACGGCUAAGUACCUCACAGAUAAUAUUAUGUCUUUUAAUCCUGGCCUCCUGAGUAAUUGGACAAUUGCUGACAAUGUGGGCCACAGUUUCAAAUCUAGCUCCACAGUGUCUGCAGGAUCGAACGGCUUCCUCAUGCCUACCCCUUGCCAGGAAUUCACGCGUCGGGUAGACAUGGGCUCUGAGCUGGAGGGCCGUAAUAAGUUUACGGUGAGG